GCACAACUAUGUUCGGCUCGCUUAUGAAGCCUUUCUACUUCCUCACGUAUGCUGCUGGAGAAUUCACCUUUCAAGCGCUAUCGGAUGAAAUAGAGAAAAUAGUGGACAUCAGAAGAAAAAACCCUGCGUAUAGAAGACCGGACAUGCUGCAAAACCUUCUAGACGCGGAAUACACCGAAGAGCCGAGUGGCCUCUCAAGCACGGUGCCAAACGGUGAUUCCAGGACGCGGCCACUGACUAUGCAAGAAGUGGUUGUCAAUGCUGCUACAUUAUUCGUUGGAGGGUUUGAAACAACGGCUUCAUCUCUAAGCUACUUGACGUUUGCAUUGGCAAAGCACCCGGACAUUCAGGAGAAAGUCAGGAAGGAAGUUUCCGACGCCAUCUCAGCUUCGGCUCUAAAAUGA